AUGGAGCAAAACACCCUCAAAAGACGGGGCGUCGGCUUGACUGGAGUAGACAAGCAACGAUCCUUCGGAGGAUUUACUCUCUUCUGCCCUCUCACCAGCGACACGGCUCAUCUGGUAGAUAUCAAUGGGAACGAGGUUCAUUCAUGGAAGCUCCCUGGUCGAAUCGGUCGUCACGCAAGACUUCUACCAAACGGAAAUCUCGCGGUCAACACACUUCGACCAGCUCCGAAAGAAACAACCGCCGACGGGGGACCAUUCCCAUUCCUAUUCUUCAACAAAUAUGGCGGCGGAGUGAUGUCCGAGCUUGACCCAGAAGGGAAUAUCGUUCGCCAAUUCACCGAUCCCCUGGGCCAUCAUGACCAGUAUCACUACGGCGAUGGUCGGAUCCUUUAUACCUCCCUCGAAGCCCUGUCACCAGAAGACUCGGCCAAAGUCAUCGGCGGUGUCCCAGGCAGCGAGGUUGACGGAAUCACCUACGCAGAUACAAUCAAGGAAGUUGACGAAGCCGGAAAUCUACUUUGGCAAUGGAAGGUGUCUGAACGUCUACCCAGAGCGGAAUAUCCUCUUCAGCCUCACUACACGCGUGAGCACUAUCCUCUGAUUAACUCAGUCCUGCCACUACGAGACGGAAAGCACAUUCUGGCAUCUAUGCGGUCCGUUUCAGCCGUCAUAAUUAUUGAAAGGUCCACCGGAAACAUCGUGUGGAAAAUUGGAUCGGAAAUCCUCGCGCAGCAGCACAACGCUACAGAGUUGGAGAACGGAAACAUUCUCAUCUUUGACAAUGGCGCAUUACGCAAUGGUGAAUCUAUCACCUACACGCGGGCAAUUGAGGUUGAUCGAACGACCAAAAAGAUCGUCUGGGACUAUCGCGAUCGCUCACAGAUGCUAUACUUCUUUACACCAUUUAUGGGGAGUGCACAAAGACUCGCCAAUGGCAAUACUCUUUUGUGCGAAAGUGCUUUUGGUCGUCUGUUUGAAGUCACUAAGGACGGCUAUAUCUGCUGGGAGUAUAUUAACCCUCACUUCGCCCCAUACCCUGAUAGUGUGACCGCGAAUAUCUUCCCGGGGGAAUCAAAUGCUCUGUUCCGGGCAUACCGAUACUCUUUGGAAGAAAUCCCUUGGUUGAAGCGGAAGUUGAGUCGAACUAACGGGUCGAAGCUGAUCUGA